GAGUAAUAAUCAUAAUUAAAAGUGUCCAAUUUUUAGAAAUUGCUACUCUAUAAAAGAUAAGGAAUUUCUUAAGCUCAGCAUUAAAUUAAAUGAUUCUUUUAUAUUUUCAUUUAAUUUCAAUAAAAUCAAUUAAGCUUAGAAACAAAACUUUUACACUUUUUUUUUUUUUUUUUAUAAAAUCAAACGUGAUAUAUAAUGAGUUCAGCUUAAAUAUCAAGUUUAAUUGAUUGUACUUUUAAUAGUUUUCUAGACAAUAAUCAUGUACGGAGUAGAGUAAGUACUAGAGUUAAUUAUAUGACCUAAUUAUUUCUACGAAUAGUACAAUUUCUAGACAAUAAUCCAACCUUAUGGUAAGACCAAAAUCCUUACCAUUGAAUUAUGAAGAAGUCAAAACAUUUACUUGUAAUAAUUUUUACCUUUUAUUCUUUAAGACUAACUAAAAAUUUGUACCCAAUAGAAGUCCAACCAACCAAACACCCAAAAAUAUCAAAAGAAUAACAAGAAAGAAAAAACCCUUAUAUUCCCCAAUUUACCAAGUAUAUAUAAACAUACCCUUACCUUCUCCUUCAUAUCCCUCUUCUUAACACCAAGACAAAACCCUUAUCUUUCUCUCUCCUAAAAUUUCAAUCCUUCAUUUUCUCUCAUACAUUCAAUCCAUAAAAGGUAAGCAAAUUAUUAACACCCCAUAAAAUUUUAUUACAAUAAAAAUGUUAAUGUAUAUUUCCAUUUAUAGUAAUUACACUUUCUAAUUGUAAUACACCCUCAUGCUUUCCUCCCCUCCCAACUUCCCUAAUCUUUUUCUAAUCAAGUACUUAAUGAUUUUUUUUUUUAUCGGCCUUGAGCCAGUAUCGUUAAAACAUUUGUCUUAUCACGAUCCCCAAUGAUAAAAUCAUUUUAUUUUUGUUGUUGUUAAAAACAAAGAAUCAACUGAUCUUGUGCAGAGACAUAGGCCCACAAAUAAAGGAAAUUUGCAGGAGGAGAGAGAAAAAUAAAAUGUAUGAUCAGACAACAGAAGCUGCUACUGCUGCUGCUGCUGCUUGUUUUGACCCAAACAACAUCCCUGAAUCAGCAGCUGCAACUGCUAUUCCUUCUGUUAAUGGGUUUAUUUCCCAUGAAACAAACAAUCAUAAUCACCAAACCCAGGAAUCUGAUUCCUCAAUGGAAUUCCAAAACCCUAAUCUUGGGAAUAACAAUAAUGGGUUCAGUACUAGUACUACUACUACCCAUUUACCAAUGUUACCAAACUGUUAUCCUAAUGAUCAUGAUCCAAAUUCAUGGGGUCCCACUAAUUUAACCCAUGAAAUUGGUAAUGGGUUUACUCAUUUUGAUGAAAAUUUACAACCAACAACUGAUCUUCUUACACUUCUUCACUUACCUAGAUGUUCUUUUACAUCCUCUACCACCAACACCACCUCAUUAUCCUUUGGGAAGCCCUCGUCCCCUCCACCGCCUUCGGGUUCGGCUUUAGGCUUUUUAGGUGAUCUUAAUCCACCUAUGAUGGUGGAUAAUCCAUCUGGGUCUGGAUCAUCUACCAUAUCCUAUGAUCCAUCAACAGCAGCAGCCGCAGCCGCUGCGGCUGCUGCUGCCUUUUCUUAUGACCCUUUAUUUCACCUUAACUUGCCCCCUCAACCUUCCCCUCUUUUGAGGGAUUUGAUGUUUCAUCAGACGCUGCCACACGGCGGCGGGUAUAAUACCGGAAGAGGGACUUAUGGGAUUAUUGGAAAUGGAAGUUCAUCUAGUUUGUUUGGUGGGUUGGAUGAUGGUGAAGGGAAUACUAUUAAUGGGAUUUACCAAGAUGGAGAUCAUCAUAUUCAUGGAAAUGGUGUUUUUGAGUUUAGUAAAGGUGAUGUUAAUGGGGGUAAAUGCCCUAAGAAUUUUGUUACUGAAAGACAAAGAAGGCAAAACUUUAAUGACAAGUAUCAGCAUCUUAGGAGCCUUGUUCCUAAUCAAACCAAGGGGGACAGAGCAUCAAUAGUUUGGGAUGCAAUAAACCACAUAAAUGAGCUGAGAAGAACAGUGGGAGAGCUAAAACUCUUGGUUGAGAAAAAAAGGAUGUCAAAGGAGAGGUUGAAGAGGCAUAAAACUGAGCAUCAGGACACCCCAGCUGGUGGUACUACUAGUACUGGUGGUGGGGACCACAACAGUAACGGUGUCGAUGGACCGGCCGCGGUGAAACCCGAUCCGGACGAGGAGUUUAAUGGAUCGGCCGCCAUCCAGCUCCGAAGCUCGUGGAUCCAGAGGAAGUGUAAGGACACGGAAGUCGAUGUUCGAAUCGUGGAUGAUGAUGUUACCAUUAAGCUUGUGCAGCGUAAGAAGAUCAAUUGCUUGUUGUUUGUGUCUAGGACACUUGAUGAGCUUCAGUUGGAUUUACGCCAUGUUGCUGGAGGCCAUGUUGGGGACUAUUACAGUUAUCUUUUCAACUCCAAGAUAUGUGAAGGGUCAUCAGUGUAUGCAAGUGCAAUAGCAAACAAGCUGAUAGAAGUUGUGGAAAGACAGUAUGCUGCUGCUUCUGUUGCUGUUGCACCCACUACUAGUUUUUAGCUUAUUAAUUAGUGAUUAAGAACAACAGUUUAACUGUAGUUUACUCAUAUCUAACCAAUUUAAUAGUUGCUGCUUUGUUAACAUGAUCAAGUAAUUACUGUAGUAUUUAGUAAUCGUGUUGAUUAGGUACUACUUGGCUUAAUUAAUGGAUUAUAUAUACACAAGGUCCAGUUAACAGUUUCUUAGCAUAAUUGCGCUAACGAUAUCUCUCUCUUAAUCUCCUUUGUGAUAUCUGAUAUGUGUGUAUGACUAUGAAUGAUGAUCACAUUCAUGCACAUGUAAGGGAAAAUUAAGCUGCAUUGCAUGCAGUCUGAAUCCGAUGAUGUAAAAUUACUAUCAGAAAUUAGUAAAGACGAUAAUAUAGUUUGU